UGCGCCUGUGCGAAAUCAAACGUUGCUGACGUGUAGAGGUCGCAUGGAUUGAGCUUUUUCUCUGAUUUCAAAGCCGAAUUGUUUGGAGUGAAGGAGCUGAUGUGUGAAGAUGAGUGUGGAAGUGGAAAGGAAAUUUUUAUGCAAUGCCGACACCCUGAAAAAACUGGAGGAGAUCGGGGCAGUUUGCGUUGGCCAACAGCAGAUUCACGACCAGUAUUUCGAUACUCCUGAGUUUCACCUGACUUUGAGGGACAUGUGGCUGCGUAAACGUAAAGGAUGCUGGGAGCUCAAGUGCCCGACAGGAAAAGCGCAGAGCGGGAAGCAGGGUGAAGCAGCAGCAUCGCUGUGCACCCGUUACAAGGAGAUAACCAGCCUGCCUGAAAUUCACCUGAGAGUCAAAGAGGUCAUAAAACAGGACAGAGAGUCAGAGGCUGGCUUCUCACAGGAAGAUGAGUCGUGGCUGAGCAAACUGGACCUGGUGUGCUUUGCAGAGUUUACAACAGCACGGCGCUCGUUUACUUUAAAGGAGGAGGGCGUGCAGAUCGAUCUGGACCAGGCUGACUUUGGCUAUCAUGUGGGGGAGAUAGAAGUCCUCAUAUCAGAGGGAGGAGAUGAGCAGGCUGCGCUGGAGAAGAUCAGACAAACGGCGGAAAAGCUGGGGCUUACUGGAGAUCAGCGAGUUAAAGGAAAAAUGGAUGUUUACCUCAAAAGAAAUCACCCUGAGCACUAUGCAAAACUGCUGAGUGAACACAUCCUGUAAGAGAUCAUACUGCAUCUGUACAAAUAUGGGAACAAAAAAAGGUCUUAUUUACUAUAAAAGCUAAUAUUCUGUAAUAAAGUAUAGAUUUAUAAACUCAAUAGACUCUAAACUGUAAAACCUACUGGAUGGUCCAUGGCUGUUGUCAUUGCUAUGUGAACUUUGUGUAUGCGAGGUUAUGUUUUAGGGGCUUUUGGGAGGGGUUUGGGCAUACGAUCAGAGUUUAUAUUAAUUUAUUGGUAACGAUGACAAUGUUUUCUUGCCAAGAGUAAAGAUGUGUACUCACAAAGAGGCUCAAAGAGGAAGAACUGGUUUGUGACAUGUGGCAGAGGAUCUUCUGAUUGCUCGGCACGCAUUUUUAGAGUGAUGAAACGGUCCCAUUGUCUUUUCACAGAAACUUUCUUCACGGUGUUUAAAUCUGAAUGUCUCAAUAAAAACAUUUCACUUGAAUGUUCUAUAUAGCGUUCAGUAUUUGACCUGUUAUAUAUAGAUACAUAUCUUUUGAUGUAUGCCAUGCUUUGCAAGCAGUCACCUUUAGGGGAGACGGUAACUAUUAAGUAAUUACACAAUGAUAAAUGAAUACCUACAGUUGGUUGUGUGUAUGUGGGCGGAGGGUGCAGGUAUGUUUGUAUUCCUGUCUGUAUAAGAACAUUUAGUGACAUUAAUCCAUUGCCCAUCCUCUUAAUCCUAAAAUAAACCAUCAGGUGCCAAACCCUACGCAAAUCCUAGUUUUAACCCUUAAAACCCAAAUUAUAACCCCAACAAAACAAAAGUCUCCUGUGCACAGCCACAUCUCAAACAGGCACAAUCACACGCAUUUAAUGAGUGUAUCCUUAUAGCUGCACUCCUUCCAAAACAGUAACUUCCCUGCAUGUUGCACGUUCAAGUCACAUCUGUAAGUUGGAGCUAUGGAUAAAUAGGCUCCAAAUAGCCAGUUUUAGGUCCAAUUUAAGACCCACGAAGCACAGAACAGGUUGCAAAGAACAGAGUGAGGACUGUACCCUUUCAACUAAAAAAAAACAUGUCCUGCCACUUAAGUCAAAAUAGCUAUUGCGCAGCAUCUUGAUUGUCCCAGAAAUAUUUCCUCCUUCAACCUAUUGUUUACGUUUACGGUUAUAUGCAUUGUUAGAGUUAUUAUCAUCUUAAAUCUGAUCAUGAGAAAAUGUUUGCCUGCUGCAGAGACACACAAGGGGCUGCACUGAGCGUGUUGUUCACGGCGAGAAAAA